AUGUCCGCCCCCCAAGUCGACCUCAAAAAGCCCGAAGUCCCCAAGGAAGAGGCUGCCCAGCAGGAGAAGGGCCUCUCCAACGAUGCUCUCACAAAGUACACCACCGCCGGCCAGGCCUUGACAGAUGUCAUCAAGAAGUUCAUCCCCCUCGUCGCCCCCGGCAAGAAGGUCCUUGACUUGUGUAUCGAAGGUGACAAGCUCGUCGCCGACACCGUCGCUCCCCUCUGGAACAAGCCCAAGAACGGUAUCAAGGUCGUCAAGGGCUCCGCCUUCCCCACCUCCAUCUCCGUCAACAACACCGUCUCCCACGUCUCUCCCCUCCCCUCCGACCCCGAGAUUGUCUUGAAGGACGGCGAUGUCGUCAAGAUCAUGCUCGGUGUCCACCUCGACGGCUACCCCGUCACCCACGCCGAGACCAUCCACCUUUCCUCCAAGACCGACGGCCUUGCCGCUGACGCCAUCAAGGCUGCUUACGACGCUGCCCAGGCUGCUAUGAGGACCGUCAAGGUUGGCGGAAAGAACUGGGACGUUACCGAGGUUGUCGAGAAAGUUGCCAAGUCUUACGACUGUGUCGGUGUUGAGGGUAUGCUGAGUUGCCAACACGAGAAGGAUGUCACGGACGGAAAGAAGAGGGUCUUGUUGAAUCCCUCACCAGAGCUUAGGCGGGACCACGAGACCGCUACUUUCGAGGAGGGUGAGGUUUACGGUAUCGACGUCUUGGUCUCCAAGUCCGAGUCUGCGCGAACUUCCAUCUACAAGCGAUCCGACAUCAACUACCAGCUCAAGAUGAAGACUUCCAGAACCGUCUUCUCCGAGAUCACCAAGAAGGCUGGUCCCUUCCCCUUCUCUCUCCGUGCGCUCGAUGACGAGAAGAGGGCGCGGAUGGCUGUCCAGGAGGCCGUUACCCACGGUCUUUUGAAGCCUUACGACAUCACCCAGACUGCCGCCGGCACCAUCGUCGCCGAGUUCUUCUUCACCAUCGCCCUCCUUCCCGCCGGUCCCAUCCUCUUGUCUCCCACCCCUGCUUGGUACUCUGCUGACAAGGUCUCCUCUUCUAAGUCUAUCGAGGACCAGGAGCUCAAGGAUCUCAUUGCCCGACCCCUCCGUGCCCCCAAGAAGAAGAAGAAGGCUGCUGCUGCUGCUGCCGAGACCAAGGCUUAA